GUUCUUCUAAGCUCUCACCUUUUACUGCUAGUCUUUAUUUUUGGCAACACUUUGAAGAUGGUCUUCGAAUCUAUUAUUUUCUUAUUCGCAAUGCACCCUUUUGAUGUCGACGACCGCUGUGAAAUAGAUGGAGUUCAGAUGUUUGUGGAGGAGAUGAAUAUCUUGACUACAGUUUUCUUGAGGUUUGACAACCUUAAGGUUACAUAUCCAAACACCGUUCUGGCUACCUUGCCACUAGGCAACUUUUACCGGAGUCCAGAUAUGGGUGAAUCUAUCGACUUUUGUAUUCAUGUCGCAACUCCUGUGGAAAAGAUCGCUAUCAUGAGAGAACGAAUACUGGGGUAUUUGGAGAACAAGAAGGAGCACUGGUAUCCCGGCCUGCUGGUCGUUCUCAGAGAUGUCGAUGACAUGAACAAAUUGAAAAUAUCAAUUUGGAUGAGGCAUCGUAUCAACUUUCAAGAUAUGGGAGAAAGAUUUGUGAGAAGAGAACUUGUUGUCCAAGAGAUGAUCAAGGUAUUGAGAGAACUAGAUAUCGAGUAUCGCAUGGCUCCCCUUGAUGUAAAUGUGAGGAACAUGCAUGUUGUCAAUUCCACUCGCCUACCAUCUACUUGGACAACUUUCAACUCCUAG